ACUCUUCGUUACCACAAACAAACACGACUUAACAUCUAUAGCAUUCCUACACCGCCACGUUUCGGAAACACUAUUCCACCUUUCUAGCAAUUCCAAACUCGCGUCUGCGUUUAGUUAAACUUCUCAGAUUCUCGUUUGCUCCGAUUUUGGCGGCGAUGAUGAGUUCGGCGGCGAGGGUGCCCAAGUUGGGCUCCUUCCGUCACAGCUUCGCCGAGAAGAAAGAGAGGCUGCUCUCCAUGAAGGGUGGAGGUUACUCCCAAAUUGGGAUCGCUCUGCCGGAGUCCGACGAGGAGGACAACUCGCCGCGGAGGCGAUGCUGCUCAUACCGCGCUGUCUCCGACGGGAUCAUCGGCGCGUGGAAGAGCACGAAGCGCGUGACGGCGCGAGCGUGGGAGAUGGGGAUGUCUGAUCCCAGGAAGAUCAUAUUCUCCGCAAAAAUGGGACUCGCUCUCAUUCUCCUUUCUCUUCUGAUUUUCCUCAAAAAGCCCUUUGAGGACGUUAGUCGAUACUCCGUUUGGGCUAUUCUCACUGUCGUUGUGGUCUUCGAAUUCAGCAUAGGGGCAACUCUUAGCAAAGGACUUAACAGAGGACUGGGGACUUUGUUAGCUGGAGGUCUAGCUUUGGGAAUGGGAAUCUUAUCACAGUUGGCUGGAAAAUGGGAAGAGCUAAUCAUAACUGUUAGCAUCUUCACUGUAGGAUUUUGUGCCACAUAUGCAAAACAAUAUCCAACAAUGAAGGCUUAUGAAUAUGGUUUCCGUGUGUUCUUGAUCACCUAUUGCUACAUUAUUGUAUCAGGGUAUCGAACAGGAGAGUUUGUUCAAACAGCUAUAAAUAGAUUUUUGCUCAUUGCACUUGGUGCUGCUGUCGCACUCGGGAUAAAUGUAUGCAUAUAUCCAAUAUGGGCCGGUGAGGAUCUGCAUAAUCUUGUGGCAAAAAAUUUCGUGGGCGUUGCUGCAUCAUUGGAAGGCGUUGUUAAUAACUAUCUUAAUUGUGUUGAAUACGAGAGAGUGCCUUCUAAAAUUCUUACAUACCAAGCUGCUGAGGAUGUGGUUUACAAAGGCUAUAGAUCAGCUGUUGAAUCUACAAGCACAGAGGAUUCAUUGAUGGGUUUUGCUGUAUGGGAGCCACCUCAUGGAAGAUAUAAAAUGCUUAGAUAUCCAUGGCAAAAUUAUGUGAAAGUAAGUGGGGCUCUAAGGCAUUGUGCAUUUAUGGUCAUGGCUAUGCAUGGAUGUAUACUUUCUGAAAUACAGGCACCACCAGAGAAGAGACAAGUCUUUAGAAGGGAGCUUCAGAAGGUAGGUUCUGAAGGGGCAAAAAUUCUAAGGGAUCUCGGAAACAAAGUAAAAAAAAUGGAGAAACUAGGCGAGGAAGACAUUCUUUACGAAGUACACGAGGCAGCAGAAGAAUUGCAGCAGAAAAUUGACAAAAAGUCCUUCCUCCUUGUGAAUUCAGAGAGCUGGGAAAUCGGAAACCGGCCAAGAGGGGAGGGUGAUCCUCAAGAUCUCUUGAACGUGGAUGAAGAAAGACACUUUUUGGAGUACAAGUCUCUAAGUGAAGCUGUGCUUGAUCUCAGAGCUGUCAAAGUUCCAAAAGGUUGGGGAGAACAAGCAGCUCCUGAGAAGAAACCUGCAGUGCCUGUAGGUGUUGGUGAUGAAAACAUGUUCAGGAAACAGAUAUCUUGGCCUGAUCAUAUUUCCUUCACAGCAGAUGCAGUGACAAAAGAGGAAGAAUCUAAAACGUAUGAAAGUGCUAGUUCUUUGUCUCUAGCCACUUUUACAUCCCUUCUGAUCGAGUUUGUGGCAAGGCUCCAGAACCUUGUAGAUUCUUUCGAAGAGUUAGGCGAGAGAGCAAAAUUUAAGGACCCUCUUGAGCAAGCACCAACAACAACUGGAGGGUUUUUGAACCGGUUGUGUAAUGUUUUGACGGUCAAGGAUUGAGAAUUUGAGAAAUGGCAGCAUUGACUAAUCUGAAUUAAAUGCUGAAAUCCCAAAAUCAUAGUGUGUACCUUUUUUUUCUCCUCGAGAUCAACUGAACUCAUCCUCAAAGCCAUCAUUCUUUAUUGACUUCGUAAGCCCAGAACAACUCACCUAAAUCAACCGCUGAGUGCUAUUACUAAGGUAAUAGGAUUUCCUCUAUGAUUUUUAUUUAUAUAAUUUUGUAUGAUAAAAACAAAAAAUAAUUCAUCAUGUGAUUUUAAU